UCUAAAACCGCGCUAGGCGCUGCUCUCCACGCUCGCUCGCUCGUUCUGCUCUUCUCUUACCCGUGGAUCUACCCGGUGCUUUUUCGUGGGGGAAGAACUCGAAACACGCAUAUUCCCGUGGCUGCCUUUGCCUGCCGGCCCGCGCGCAACAUAUACACCAACCUUCCACCUUCUGUCCGCCGGAGUUACGAGUGGCACACGCAGUAGUAGUUACGGUAAGGGAGGUGGGUCGGACGCCGUCUCGCGGACAGCUCUCUCGCGCGUCACCUCUUCUCUCACUCCUCUGCGUGACCGGUUCGUUCGUUCAGUAAUCGCCGCGAGGAGGAACGCGCUUCUUCUUCCGCCGCGAACUCUCCGUCGACGACGCGUAUUCCGCACCGUUUCUCCACCUUGUCGCGUGGAGGAUAUUGCCGCUGCUACGAACCGCGAAUCGCUCGGUGUGUCUUCAUUCGUUUAUCAUCGUAAAACCAGAACGGCCAACCAGAGAUAUGUAAUUUGGCGCGCGGCAACGCAAUAUUCGCAAACAAAGAGAGAGAGAGAGAGAGAGAUACGUCGUUGCAACGCCGAUACCGCCGCAUCACCGACGCUCGGCUUUUCGUUCGUGUCGCGCGAAUACGCGACGACGAACGAACUCGGCUACCACGAAUCAUCCGAUUUAACCACAGUGAACUGUUGUUCGGUCGCGCUUCUGCGACCUAUGCACGGCAACCUUUCUGCUUCAACAACUCGACCGACUGCCCGUCGUCAUCGUCCGACGGAAUUAUCGCGAAAAUAAUAUUAUCCGCAUAUCGGGCAGAUAUCUCGGUUUCUUCGUUUCGUGCACAAGUUUCGGAGCAGCAGUGUGACGCGCGCGCGAUCGACGGCCACGCGAGUCAAGCCGUCCGUCCGUCCGUGUGCUCCGCUCGAUUUCCCCGUCUCCUUUCGUUGGAACGAAAACUCCAACGACGGCGUUGAUUUCGCGCCAAUACUCCAACGGCCACGUCGCAACGAAGGAUGUAAAGGUGUUCCGGCAGUGACGUAGGAAAAUCUCUCCGGUGUUUACCCGUGCCGUUUUAUCUGUGAAAACAACAAUAAUAAUCAGUGCAGCGGAGAAUCGCUGUCCGUCGGCCGACGUGAUAAACCGUGUGUCGAUUCCGAGCAGACAGCAGCGACGCAGCAGCGACGCAACAUCGAUAAUAUCCGUGACAACUAGAGAUCGAGUGAUACAAGUCGUGGGGUGAUACAAAUCAGUUUUCGUUAGAAACGUGAUCGUGAAUGUUGUCCGUCGGGAAACAGAAAUAAUCCGUCGUUUCGUGUGGUAUAUCGGUGAAGUUGGAUUUAUCCGUCUUCGAUAUCGGCGACCAAGAGAAAGAGAAACUGGUUCGAAACUAUCGUCGAAUAUCGGUCGCAAGCUGCGCACAAAUAACAACGUGGAACGGAGGAGAACCUAUGAAAGACCACGUGUUGGAAAAAGCGGACGACUCGAGCGUAUAAUGUGGCGAAACUGACGCUACGGAGAGACACACGCUCCGUGGCUGCUUGUUUCGGUCUGUGAGUGUCAACGGAACAUCCGGCGGUGUGACCGCGACGAUGAGGAAGCACGUGUGUCCGGCCGUAGCCGUAGUCCUGCUGCAGCGUUCAAUCGCGCGUGCCGAGCUCUGCUGACGCUCGCCCCCGAUUUCUCGCCGUCAUACAGAGUAUCUCGUGUCGCCGGUCGACUCGGAUCCGGGGAUCGUCGAGGACCGACGGAGCCAACAGCACGCGUCAAUAGUGGUUAAAGUGCAGUAGAACGAUCGUCAAGUGCUGUGGGCCCGUUUUAUCGCGGAACCGUCGGCCGCGUCUCAUCGUUGGACAAUACCGCCGCGAUCCAGCAUCGCCGCGUAACCAAGCUAAGAAGAAAGAAAUUUGGAAGCCGAUAGCGAAUCGCUCGAGAACGGACGUUUGCCCUGACGACGCUCUAGCGUCCUGUUCUCUCUUGGUCGUUCCGUGCGUUCGACGAGGGCGAUAAUCCGCGAGUCCUCUGAGUGUGACGAACGGGAAACGGGCAAACCGAUCGCCCCGAUAAGGCGAAUCGAAAAGUGGGAAAACCAGUGUGUGUGAAGUGUUCGAGGUUACUUGCUUAUACUGUGGGAAAAUACAGCCGCUACGGUGGCUCAGCACGCAGAGUUCCCCGGCGCGGCCAGGGCGUUCAUGGCGCAGCCAAGGUAUGACGACGGCGGGCUGCACGGGAGUUACCUCGAGGGCGGAGGUGGCGGAGGUGGCGCAGGGCUGUACGAUCCGCACGGGAGCGCCCGAGGUGUACCGGGUCUCCAUCACAGUCCACACCUCGGAAGUAUGGGACCUGCACAUCCACAGUAUCCACCGCCCCCGCCGCAACCACCCCAACACGUUCUCGCGGCGGCAGCCGCGGCUGCAGCAUCUGCGGUACCCGAUGUCCACAAACGCGACAAGGACGCGAUUUAUGGACACCCCUUGUUCCCGCUUCUUGCGUUGAUUUUCGAGAAGUGCGAGCUGGCGACGUGUACGCCGCGUGAACCCGGCGUCGCGGGCGGUGACGUAUGCUCGUCAGAAAGCUUCAACGAGGACAUCGCUGUCUUCUCUAAACAGAUCAGACAAGAAAAACCCUACUACAUCGCAGAUCCGGAGGUCGAUUCGCUGAUGGUACAGGCGAUCCAGGUCCUCCGGUUUCACCUCCUCGAGCUCGAAAAGGUCCAUGAACUAUGCGACAAUUUCUGCCACCGGUACAUCAGCUGCUUAAAAGGAAAGAUGCCGAUCGACCUAGUGAUCGACGACAGGGAGAGCUCGAAACCGCCGGAGAUCGGGAACGGUCUGGACGGUGGUGGACCAAGGAGCACCGCUGACAGCACCAGCCACACAGACGGAGCCAGCACGCCGGACGUCAGGCCACCCUCCUCGUCACUCUCGUACCCUGGUGCGGGUGGUAAUGACGACGCACGCAGCCCCGGAAGCGGGGGCACACCCGGACCUCUCAGUCAACAGGCGCCCGCAAGUUUGGACUCCUCGGAUCCCGACGUCACGGGUAAAUGGUGUCCGCGUAGGGAAUGGAGUUCGCCGCCGGACGCGCAGCGAGCGGCGAGCGACGCGCGUCGUGGCGUUCUUUACUCUUCCGUCUUCCUCGGUAGCCCCGGUGACGCGAGUAACGCGAGUAUCGGCAGCGGCGAGGGCACCGGCGAGGAGGACGACGAUUCGUCGGGUAAGAAGAACCAGAAGAAGAGGGGCAUCUUCCCCAAAGUCGCGACCAAUAUCCUCAGGGCGUGGCUGUUUCAACACCUCACGCAUCCGUACCCUUCGGAAGACCAGAAGAAGCAACUGGCUCAGGACACGGGGUUGACGAUUCUCCAAGUUAACAACUGGUUCAUCAAUGCGAGGCGUAGAAUCGUGCAGCCCAUGAUCGACCAGAGCAAUCGAGCCGUGUUUCCGCCAUUGUCCGCAGGCCCGAGCGGGGCGUACAGUCCGGACGCGACGAUGGGUUACAUGAUGGACGGACAGGCGGCGAGCAUGAUGCACCGGCCGCCCGGUGAUCCCACCUUCCACAAUCAGUACCAUUACCCGCCAGAGUACUAUGGACAUCACUUAUAAAGCAGUAGUCGCAAAUGAAGGUAGGCGAUGGAACGACGGUUCUUGCGGAAUGGGAAACGUAGCAGCGUGACGGAAGCGCAGCGUGCUCCGGUUGGCGUUUAGAGCAAGGUGCAUGGGGGCAACGAGGAACGAUUCGUCGCCUCCGGGGCGUGAUCGACGCGGAAGCGGAGAGAUAUUUCUCGGCAGCGUCGCACGUCGAGGCUCGUGGUGCCGGCUGUUCGAGCCAGGAGCACACGAUGCGGACGGUGGAAGCGGAAAAACAGCCAUCGGUCCGGUUGUGGCUCGGAAAUCGAGUAUCGAAGCGGGGCAAAAGAAACUCGCGAAGAACAGGAGAAAGAAAGAAAGGGAGUCAAAGGAUGGCGGGUUCGUUCGCCAAAGCAGAGAAAGGCUCCGUUGGCGGAGAAGGGCCGACACGGGACGUGUGGAACGCGUGGAACCGGAAGCAAGAUGACUGGAGAGAAAGAGAAAAGAAAACAAAUGACGAGAGACGCGCGGCUUGAAGGGACGAGAGUACGAGGAGCCGCGUAAUACGAUGGAAAUUCAUGUGAUUGUUCUGUGUACAAAUGUCGCGGUGUAAUAUUGUAGUGAUCGAAGAAUUUAAAUGUUAAAUUUUAAUACGGUCGCGAUCGAGCUAUUAUUAAUUAACGAUUAUAUAGAGAGAACAUUGGGGGCUACGAACGAGGUAACCUCGAACAGAGUGAUAUAGGCAAUUUCUAGCGGGCAUGUGUACAUUAAGAAUGAGUGGUAAGAGAAGCGGGAUAAAUAAAAAGGUAGAAAAAUGCAAGUAACGAAAGUGGUAGAGGGGGUUGGAGAACUAAGGCAAACCCGGUACUCGCGAACUCAGAUCCGAUUUAAUUAAUAGAUAGAUAUGCACGUGCGGAGAGAGGCGACGAAACGGAAAAUUCGGUAGUUCUGGAGGCACGAAACUACGCAGAAUGGAAUUCAAUAUGAUCGAAUGGUAUAUAUAUAUAUAUAUAUGUAUAUAUAUACACACAAACGCGCGCGCGCGCGCAGAUGCGCAUUCAUGUGUAUAUAUAUAUAUAUAUAUAUAUGAGUGUAUAAAUAAAUAUAUAUAGGGAAAAGAAUUUUAGAUACGUGGUGGGUGGCGUUUCGGAAGCCUACUAGGAAACGAAAUGAGAGGAAGAUAAGUGCGGGGAAAAUUGAGAAAUAGUCGGUUCGAACGUUUAACGAACGUUUAACAAACGAAUGCACCCGCGAUCAAAACGUAAAUGCGAAUCCGAUAAUGAAAAAGGAUGCGAGGAUAAAGAAUAUAGGCAACGUGAGGAACAGAAUGGAACAAAUUUAAGAAUAGAGAAACAUAAACGAACGAAAGGAAAGGACGCGGCAGAACAAAAGAGAAACUUUUAGGACAGAAGAAUGAAAUCGACGCGUGUGCCGGACUCGAGCGUCGAUCACAUUCACUUGCAUAUAUAUAUAGGUGACAUUGAAAUUUGUACAGUUAUUAAUUAUAAAUGAAUUUACUAAUUAAAGGAAGGAGUUAUCAUAUAAUAUAAAUAUAUACAUAACAGACACACACACUGAAGUAACAUGUGCGCCCCCCUCCACCCCCGAUUGUAAUAUAUAUAUACAAGCAAGCGUUUUAAUUGGACUUUUGGGACGAUAAUUAUUCUCGUGUGUGUUGUGCCGUGUUCGAUGUGCGUACUGGACCGAGGAGACGCGUCGAAAGAAUUAAAAAAAAAGGAAAGAAGCGGGGAAACAAGAAGAAUAGGUAAAAAAAAAGCAAAGAAACGGGUGGCAAAAGCGGAUAAAGUACACCGAAACAGACGUGAGGAUGGUGCGGGAAAAUGUGCGAACGCGAGAAAGGAGAAUAGUAUACGCAAGCGACAGUUGGUGAGGGAUUAUAUAUAUUUAUAUAUAUGGAGAAAGGUAUAUAUAUAUAAAUAUAAAUAAAUAUAUAUAUGUAUAUACUUAUACACAUAUAUACACAAAAAUAUAGAUACCUGCGAGAGGAUCAGGCGAUUCUUCAUCGUUCUACAACUCGGUGACACAGUCAGAUCUCUCCUCCCCGACCUGUCCGACUCCACACGUAUAGAAAACGAUACACACGCGUAAACACACACACACACACACACACACACACACAAAUAUAACAUAUACAGCGAUACAGAGGAAAACACGUAGACACAGGCGCGCGUAAAAUGAGCGUUAUUACCCAAGCCCCGUCUCCCCGCACCGUAAGGAUAAUUACGAAAGAAAAGGAACUCGCGAGAAUCUAAAAACAGGCGAACUACAGACGAUCUGCAAGUUUAAUUAAUAUAAUAUAUUGUGUAUAUAUAUAAAUAGUUAAUUGAACCGCGGCGAGCAUGGGAAGGGAGGAGGGCAAAGGAAAAUCCAAGAUUGGCAAGGCUUUACGAGAGAUGUUCGCGACCGCGCAGAAUUCUCUCGCUCUCGUCUUUCCGCUCCUUUCUUUUCCUGCCGUUUUCUUUUCCUCUAGCCGCACCGCGGGGAGGUGAAAGGGCUCGGUAAUAAACGGAGAAUCUGUGGACCAGUGAGAUCCUCGGCGAACAGUGGAGGUUGAAUCGGGAAACACGUGCGACAACGAGGAGCAUCGUAUUGGUACACAUUGGUUGGUUUCUUUCGUUCUCGUCUUCUCUUGGUUUGUAAUCCUUCCUUUCUUCAAUUAGUCACUUUUUGGAUCCAUAUAUAUAUAUAUGGAAUAAAUAUCAAGAGCUUAAAGAAGAUACUAUUUAUUUCAUUCAGUACUAUUAAAGAUUGUAAUCGAGACGAAUGCCAUGCCCUUUUUUAUGCACCUAUGCCUCGAAACAGAACGAAUUGGCCCUAUAAGACGUAUUCCUCCUAGUUUGCUUUCAAAGAGGAGAAAACCCGCCCAUCGAUUUAAUUUCUGUGUCAGUGGAAAAGUUUCUAGGAAGACUUCCUACGACAUCGCAGUGAAAUUCUCGAGUAAUCCAACGACACCGCAUUGUGCCUCGGGCAAAGAGAAACAUCGAAGGUCAAUGAAAUUUCGAGUAUUUUCAACGAUCCAAAAUUGGCAGCAGUUUCGUCGAAAUUUUUUCCAUAUCCAAGAAUAAGUUUGAGAACGAGAUGAAAUUUCCUGCGAAGCUAUUGAUCGGUAUUCAGGAUCUAUCGAAAUUCCAUUGGAUUCUCGAAACGAAUGCAGCUCGUGAGACUGUAAUCGCUGUGUAUAUUGGAUGGAACGAGCCUUGGAACUGUCUCGAAACAGAUCGUCGAAUAAAAUCGCAACUAUAAGAUGGGCCACUUCGAUCUCGACACGGUUCUCGACACUUUCCUCGUCCUUCCCGUACCGUUUUCCUUUUAGAAAUUACUUACCCCGUCGUUCGUAGAAUUUUUUUAACAAACUAAUUGACGCAGUUACGAUGCUGAAAAUUUCUUUAGCGAACAAUUUUUAUUUCGUUACGAAUAACUUUCCAAACGUUGAUCCAACGUUUAAUUUUAUCCGGUGGACAAGAAACGUAGAAAAGAAUCGAAGAAAGGGGGAAAGAAAGAAGCGACACGCGCAAAGAGUAUACGCAAGCGAAGCGAAUUUUUGUGAUGUAAGGAUAAAGCAGAGAGAACAUGAAUUAGAGAGAAAGAGUUAAAAAUUUCAUUAAAUUAAACGUCGAUUAUAAAUCAACGCGUGGAAGGAUGAAUAGCGUAAAGUUCGAAAUAGCUCGUGCUAGGUAUCUUUCGAUAAUCGAGUGAAUCGCUCGAUUAGCGACGGAUAACAGGAGAAACGGGACGAAGGUAAGGAGAAGGAAGACUGUGAGAGAGGCUUGGGAGAAAGAAGAUGCGAACGAACGAAAGAAACACAGAGCAUACGAGACAAAUUUUAUCGAUAUUUUCAAUACGCCCGCAUACACGCAAUUCUUGUAUAAAAAUUUUAAUGUAAACACACUGCUCUUGCCGCGAGUCGUGACGUUCACGAGAAAAUCGAUGCUGUCGUUUCUCGUUACCCCUGUUCGAUCUCAAAAUGCGAUCUUUCAAAUUGUAUUCGCGAGAAAAAUCAAUCUUCUACGGAACGAUAACGCGAAACGACGCUCGAUUUUUUUCUAGCCACGGUCGAGCGGCGUAUUAGUAUACUGAAAGAAAAAAAAAAAAAAAAAUGAUAACCUACGUAUACCGAAAGACUCAGGUGCGAGAGAAGUCAGUUAUAGGUCCUGGUUAAUUGGUGAAAUUCCCGACACUCGUCGAGAUCCAUCGCGACCGAUUUUCCGAUCGGUGAGCGCGAGCACGCGUGCGUAGCAGCUCCUCUUCACGAAUGCGACAAUCGAUCGUGCGAUCCUUCGUCUGCGAAUUUUUUUCCAAAUUUCGACAAUUCGAAUCUGUCACUUGAAACGAAAAAUACGAAAACUAAAAAAAGAAAUGUAUAAAAAACUGAAAAGAGAGAAGCAGAAACAUGAAAACGCGUUAGCACCACGUUUUCCCGGUUGAAAUUUCUCGACGACCUGGUUACCUGGAUACAUCGUAUACGAGAAAACGCGAAAAUAGUAGAAUCUCGCGCGUUCGAAAUCGUCCCGCGGCUACGACGUGUUUUUUAACAUUUCGAUGCAAAUUCUCGCGAUAUUUUUCGUAAGAGCUUUUUACGACACGGGGACCGAGACUUUAUACCAUUUUACUGAGAAUAAGCAGCGUCGCUCCCGUAGACGUGGAAUAUUUUCGUUUUCAUCCGAAUUGGAUCUUGUCGAUGCUAGAGGGGACGAUCUCGCGACGUCCGGUGAACAAUCGUAUAAUACAUAAUCGAUUAUCAAAUACGAGACAAUCAUGGAGACGAACGCGGAUGAUGGUCGACGAAAUGAUGCGUGAUCGAGCACGAUCGUCUACGGAGCGAAGUGUUUUUACGAAUUCUAUUUGUUGGACGAUAUAUUGUUUAAUUUUGUUAAUGAUCGCUCCGUCGGUCGUUCCCGAUUCCGCGUCGAUUCGUCGUCGCGCAUACGAGAAAUUUCAAUGGGAAUCUUUAGCUAGAGCUUUAUCAAAAUCGUUUUAUCAAGUAAAAUGAAACAAAAUUUCCAAACGGAUGAAAUUAUAAAACGAGAAUGUAAAUUAGCAACAUUGGGCCGUCGUUUUCGUCUGUGACGAAUCUUUCGAGUAGAUUGAUACACGGUAAAUGUCCCGAUUUACCAGCGACUAGGGACUACGACAACGACGAUUAAAUUAUUUUUUCACGAAGAAGAUCGAUGUCCGAUGAAAAUCCCGAUGAAACAGACGCCGGUGGAACGCUCGUCGGCGCAUUUCCGUAGCAGCCUGCGAAAGUGCAACGUCCAUGGUGGACUCGCGUACGAAACGACUCCGUCUUUUUACCCCGCUCGCUGACACACCGCCCCCGAGGUCGGAGAACGCGAUCAAUAUUUUCGUGGAAAUGCCCGGCGACGCGUUACGCGGCGAAGAAAGGAGUAAAGGGGGGAGAGGGAAAGAGGAAUAAACAAAAAUAUAUAGGAAAUAAAAGUAGGAUCGCAUGAACGAUUAACGAAAAGAGCCUAUACAAGGGGUGCGAGAUGUGUAUAGGCGUGUAAAAUGGGAAACGAAAGAACGAAAGAGAAGAAAACGUAAUGUUGUAGCGCUUAUGAAAGGAAUGUGAAGACGGCGGCGAACGGACGACGUUUAUUGGCUGUUCGUUUUCUAAAUGAGUUCACCCGAUUGAAUGAAUCAUCGCCUUAAAAAUGUAUACGAAGUAACAGUAAGGUAUCUAAGUAAUAAUCAUGUUAGAAGGUAAAGAAACUUAAAACAAAGAUUUUAUGAGCGACGACAAGAGCGGCUAUAGGGGCAACGAGAGAACGCGAGUGAGAAUGAGAGAGAAAGAGUCUGAGAGAAAUCGAGUGGUAGCGAGACAACGGUGCGAUCGAAGAAAUAAAUGCUGUGUAUGAAAGGAACACGUGAAUGAACGAGCGAAUGGAAUGAAGCGACUAGGAGGAAGUGAUGGACAAGAAAGAGAUGACGCGAGAAUGUAAAAAAUGGAGAAGAAGGAAAAGUAAUGUAUAAUUAUCGUGUAAUUACGGAAGAACGACGAUAUUAGUAACCGCGUUGCCGGCGUUGGCGGCGAUGAUCAUAAUGACGACAGCGAUAACGAGUGUUGGGCGGGGUUUGUCGGCCACCUGAAGAUCGCCACUAAUCGUCAUUAUGAUCAUCAAGCGAUCAAAUGAUAACGAAAUAAUGCUGAUGAUGAUGCUAUUCACAACAAUGAUGAUACUGAUGAUGAUAUAUGAUGAUGAUUAUGAUUAUGCUGAUGGUGACGAUGAUGUGUAUAGUAAGCUACAAAUUUAUUAUAUCGGUAUGGAAUCAGAUUUUUUCAACUGUUUGCGUAUUGACGACCUAUUGACACUCUUAAGUAAAAAAGAUUUAAAAAUGCAAAAAUAAGAGGAACGGUAAAUAAAUUGAACAAAAAAAAAAAAAUGGAAAAAAGAAAACUUAAUCGAAUCGAACUGUGUUCUGUGUUUGUGAAAUCGGGAAAAAACACCGCUUCUUCGAUCGUUGUUUCAGCACGAUUGUGAUAGCGCGACGACGCGGAAAUUACGAUACGCGUGUGGUCGUGCGGGAGGUGGUUCCUCCUUCGACCCCUCGAGAAUCCCCGGGGCGAGGAUGUUCGUUGAUCCCUCGCGUCGAUCUACGUAUAUUCUCACCUCUCUCUCGAGCAACUCAGAGAGCGAAAGAGAAAGAGAGAGAGAGAGAAAGAGAGAGAGAUAGACGCGUGUGAAACGGAACUAAAGGAAACGCGUAGAAACAGAACAAAACACAGUGAAACGGAAACUGAUACCUGUCGAUGUAAAAUAUUAGUAUUAACAUAUACGUGGGAUUACGUGCACACACGCGUCCAUCCGUUAACAAGAAAAUGUGUCUGGACACGCGCGUACACGCGUCCCCGGCUUGCGUAGAGACGCGUGACGGCGUCUCUGGCAUAGAGGGAACAGAGUCGAUCAAUCGCGUGAAUUGGCCCGGAUCGAUUGUGUUCAAAACACUCACGGAUCGCAACGUGAUGACGAUGAAAGGAAGGACGAUGUCAAAGGUGGUCUAUGUUAGAGAGUGUCCAUUGUAUAGUGUUUUUUUGAAACGUGAGCAUUAAAUGCUACAUCUUGUGUA